GCAACUCCACAUCCCGUCAUGCUUUGCCGUGCCCGCCGACCCGAAAGCUACCAAUGUUAGGCUAGCUGGUGUUAGCUACCGGAGCGGACAUGUUGUUCCGACCCUUUCUUGAAUAAACAUUGUUGUACACCGGGAAUUGGGAGAUAGGGGGAAGGCCCGGAGCUUCUUGCAAGCAUGGAUGCCGUUAACGCCUUUAACCAGGAGCUCUUCUCAUUGAUGGACUCCAAACCCCCAAUAUCCCGAGCAAAGAUGAUCUCCAUCACUAAAUCUGCCAUUAAAGCUAUGAAACUUUACAAACAUGUGGUCCAGAUUGUGGAAAAGUUCAUCAAAAAGUGUAAGCCUGAGUAUAAGGUAGCUGGCCUGUAUGUGGUGGAUUCCAUCGUCCGGCAGUCCAGACACCAGUUUGGACCGGACAAAGACGUGUUUGGUCCGAGGUUCACCAAAAACAUCACAGGAACCUUUGAGAACCUCUGCCUUUGCCCUAUAGAGGAUAGAAGUAAAAUAGUGCGAGUGCUGAACCUGUGGCAGAAGAACGGCGUGUUUAAAAUUGAAAUCAUUCAGCCGCUAUUGGACAUGGCAGCUGGUUCUGGAAGUGGUGCUGCAGCCUUUGAAAGUGCUAAUGACCCAGGUUCUUCACCACCUCCAGCCAAAGAGCCAGUUACCGUGGUAACGGCCAACUCCAGCACCACAUCUGUCCCUCAGCUGCACAACUCUGAUGCCUUUGCUGCUGUGGCGCAGCUCUUUCAGACCUCGCAGGGUCAGCAGCUUCAACAAAUGCUUCAGAACUUCCAGCAGCAGCCUUUGAAACCUGAAGCCAACACUCAGCCGCUCCUCCAAAAUGUCCCAACGGCGCUCCAAAAUGUUUCCGUUGGCCUGAACGCGGUUGCAUCACAGCCUCCUGUGCCCACUCCACCACCCCGCCAGCCCACGCUGUCCUCUCAGCCCGCCCAGCAGAAAACAGCUUUUGACAAGAAGCUGCUGGAUCGUUUUGAUUACGACGAUGAGCCGGAGGCUGGAGAAGAAACCAAGAAAGAGGAAACCUCCUCGCAUGCCCCCUUUAUGCAGCAACCCUCCGCUUUCCCCCAGCAUGCAGAGCACUUUAAUGCACACGUGAUGAACAUGUCGCAAGACUUCUCACAACAGGUUCAGCCCAGUGGAAUUCCAUCAGGGCAGAAUUUUCCGUUCACAAUGCCCCCUAUGGGCCAUCCAGGGCAACCUCUCCCUGGUUCCAGUGCGGCUCCAGGCGUUACAGGAGUGUACCCCCCCCAAAAUGCAUCCCAGCAUAAACAGGAUUUAUCAAUGGAAGCUGACCACGCCCCCAUAAGAGACGGGAGACACGGUCGAAGGUCUCGUUCAGGUUCCAGAUCCCCAAAGAGGAGAAGGUCACGCUCCAACUCCCGCUCGCGCCGGUCCAGGCACAGGCGAUCCCGCUCCCGCUCCAGAGACCGCCGUCACCAUUCCCCACGCUCUCGCUCGCAAGAGCGCCGAGAGAGGGAACGAGAGAGGGAGCGGCGGCAGAAAGGCCUUCCACCUCCCAAAAACGAGGCAGUGAGCAUUUGCAGUACAACUCUGUGGGUGGGGCAGCUGGACAAGAGAACACAACAGCAAGAUGUCGCCUCGCUGCUCGAAGAAUUUGGACAAAUAGAAUCCAUUAAUAUGAUCCCGCCUCGUGGCUGUGCUUAUAUCGUCAUGAUCCACAGACAGGACGCCUUCAGGGCUUUACAAAAGCUCAGCAGAGGACCGUAUAAAGUUAACCAGAAAGCAAUCAAGAUUGCUUGGGCUUUGAACAAGGGCAUAAAGCCUGAAUUCAAACAGUACUGGGAUGUAGAGCUGGGUGUGACCUGCAUACCGUGGUCUAAGGUCAGAGAAGACCAGCUGGAGGAGCUGAAGGAGGGUGGAAUGCUGGAUCCAGAUACUUUAUCACCAGAAUGGGUCGGCUUACGGAAAUCUUUAGACCAAUCAGAAGAACUCACUCAUAACGGUCGCUCGGAGCAACAGCAGAACGAGGAGAUGCAAGGGUUACCGGUUUCUUCUGCAGCUGCUGCUCCACCUGUUCAGGUUCCUCCGAUGCAGCAGCCAGUGGUUGGAAUGGGCUCCCUCCAGCCUCCGGUUUUUCCCGGCCCCAUCGGCAUGCCUCCCCCUUCCUUCACUCCGGGCGUCCCCCCUCCUCCUUUUAUCAGGCCUGGCUUCAACCCCAUGCAAAUGCCCCCAGGUUUUCCUCCUCCAGGACCGAUGGCCUUAGGCCCCCCGCCGACCUCCAAAGGUCGAGUUGAUGACCCCCAUCUGGACCCAGCCGGCCUGGGCAACAAGAAUAAUGAGGACGUCCUCGAGAGUUCCAAUAUGUUCAACAACCAUAUGGCUGCCAUGGGAAACCAGAUUGGUGGCCCUCCCGGUGCCCCGAUAUCUAAUCGACCUCCAGGCCAUCUAGUAGGACAUCCCGGAGGCCUUCCCGUCGGUCCUCCAGGUGGCCCUCCAGUUGUCGGACCUCCGGGUGGCCCACCACUUGGCCCUCCAAUUGGACCUCCGGGUGGCCCUCCAGUCGGUCCCCCUGGUGCCCUUUCAGGCGGGCAUCAGGGAAACCUCCAGUCACUCUCCGGAGGCCUUCUGGGCGCACGACCUGGGAUAAUCCCACUGCAGCGUCCGUCUGUUCCACCGCCACCACAAAUGCAGCGUUUCCCUCCACCCCACGGGCCAAGACCUCCUCACCCAAACAUGCCUCCCAUCCCUCCACAGAUGAUAGCGAGGGGGCCACACCCUCAAAUGAUGCUCCACGAGCCGCCGAAGGGAAACUUUGGGAUUCCUCCUCCUCACAACAUGAGACCUCCUUUUCCACACGGGCACGGUCCUCCUCCUCCUUCUCAAGGUCCUCCCUCUCAAGCUCCUCACUCUCCCUUCAUCAGACCCGGGGGUCCGAGAGGCUUAGAAGGGCCGGAAGAAAUAGAGGACAGGCUGUUUAGGGGAGACCGGCCUGGAUUUAGAGAUCGUGAACAAGAAAGAGAGAGAGACUGGGAUCGAAACCGGGAUCGGGAGAGGGACAGGAGCUUUGGUGGCGGAAGGCGUCCAUUUGCCGACGGCGGCAGAGGAGGCGCCAAUGACAAAAUGGAUGGGAGGGAGAGGCUCGGAGGCUGGCAGGAAGAUGGGAGCAACCGCGGAGGAGGAUGGGACAGAGACCGGGACCGCGACAGAGACCGAGACCGCGACAGAGAUCGGCGGGAUUGGAGGGAAAAGCGAGGCAGCCUCGACAGAGACCGAGAACGGGGGAGGGGCGACGAAGGGGAGAGGGAUCGAGGGAGGGACGAGGGCGGAGAAAGAGUCAGAGGAGAAGCGGCGAGUCGGGAUAGAAGCAGAGGAGACGACAGCAAAGGGGACAAGCCACGGCGGUCAGAACGGCGAGAACGGACCACGCGGUGGGAUAAGGACGACCGAUUGGCCGAAAUAGAAAACAUGGACAGAUUUCGGACACCUAACAGCAAAGACCAAACUAGUGUAAAUCCUGUGGAGACCACUAAAGCUCCAGAGGUAGUACCCUUUCAAAAGAAGGAAGAAUCUGAACAUUUAGCUCCGCCCACAGAGUCCACCAGUGCAGCAGAAAACCCAGUGCACUCGGAGCCCUCCCUUCCAGCUCCAACAGAGUCCACAGAAACAAACAAGGAGCCCGGCUUAUAGGCCUUCAGACCAGAAGAAAAGACACAAAAAGUUUUGUUAGUUAUGUUCAGGAUCAACCGUUUGGUAAAUUAUUUCAAAACAAAACCUGUUUUUCAGGUCGGAAUAAACCAUUUCUGGGUAAAAAGGACAUUUCCUGUUAACGGAUCACUCCAACACAUUUUGUUAGAUUGGUAGCUUUUUUUUGUUUUUUUUUUUAAAUUCAGCAUCUAAAAACAAUUGGAAAACUAGCCAUAGUGAAGUAUUGGCUACUAACUCUAGUUUUUCUUUUUUAAUUUUUAUGUAGCAUUUGCAUAAUUUUUUUCCUGUCUUUAGAGGAUAUUUUGUGGAAAAAAAGUGACUAAAAUGAUCCGAUUCACAUGUUUUAAUGGGAAAAACCUUUUCAAUUUUUUUUUUCUUUUAGAAAAAAAUUCUUUUUAAUUUGCCAAAAUGUCAAACACUGAAUAUCAUCUCAGAACUCUUAAAUAGAGGCUCCAUUGUUUUCUUUUUUUCUAAGUUGUGCGUUUGCCGUUUAGUAUGAUUUGUCGAUGCAGUGUCACCAUUAGGAAGGCAAUGUUUGAAGGGUUUUUCGUUGCCUUUAAGCGAAGUACAUUUGGCUAUUUGAUUAUCAGAAAGAGGUUUUAAAAUAAGAGAAGCCAGUAGUGGUACAAACAAGGAAAUGCAUGUUUCAGUCUUUAACUCCCCCCAAAAAUCUGCUGUAUGUGCUGUUAUUUUGGAUGCUGAAAAAUCUGUGGUCAACUGAGGUCCAAAAAUGUUCAUAAUCUAGUUUUUAAAGCGCCUACCCACUGGUAUUAAAAAACAAAAAUAAUUACAGUGCAAGCUUUUUCUGGUAGUAUCCUUUAUGUAGAUACGGUUGUAAACAUUUGUUUUUAAUAUAUUUCUUGAUUCAUUAAAUAAUUUACUUUUUUUUCAUUGAACACAGCAUCUUUGACGAAUUAUAAAUUUCUGCUUCUUAAUGACAUUUUCCCUGUGCGAACAUGUUUGAUCACAAACCAAUUUGUAUAGUUUUAGGUCAAACUAACCUCGAGCAAAGGCUACAUCUAUAUAUUUGUGCUUAUUCAGUCAAGUGGCAUUUUACUUGCAUGAAAAUUGGAAAGGACAAAAUGUUGAGUAACCUCCAUGUUCUGAUGAAACGUUAUGGUGGGUUAAGGUUGUUCUUGGAAUUGAACUGUGCAUAGGUUUUUAUGAAAACAAAUCUAAUACAAAGUGAAGUGACGUCACAAACGCUCUGGAAAUCUGUUUUGUCUUAUCACAUUCUGCCUCGUCGGUUUUCCAUUCUUCUAUUUAGGAAAGUUGCAGUUAUAAUCCGGAUGUGCAAAAAUACACGUCUAUUUAGACUGAUGGAUAUUGUCUGCUUUCUUUUUCUUUUGAGUUGAUCUUUUGGUCUUAAAGAAACUUUUUCCCCAAAGCCAAAAAAGCCCAGUUUAAUCUAAAUGUUCCCUCAUAGCUCUCCUAUCCAACAACUUUUCAUCUUUUUGAAUCAUUUUAAUGCAUUUAAAUCUAAAAUCAGAAUUAAAAGAAACCUCCCCACUAACUUAACACAAAAGCAGCAGGAGUGGAGCUUCUAAUUUGAUGAAAGGAAGGGUAUUGCCUCGGACACUGCUGUAAAUAUGCUUCUAUCACUGAUGAUUAAAGGUGUUAUGGUAAUUGUUGUUAAUAAUGUUAUAUGUUCAAUCUGAAAUGAAAUGAUGCAGAAGAAACAACGCGUUUGUUUGCUUUAACAUUUUUAAAUCCUAGUGGUUUGAGAAUUGACAGAUGUUUUUAUGGUUUGUUUAAAGUACAGAAGACAUGGACAUGAAUGUCAAUGAUUCAGCCACAGGAAACUUUUUAAUAAACUAUUUUUGUACCAAAUUG